AUGGAGAAGAUCAUUAGGCUUCUAGGCCUACAAGCCUACUUCUGCUUCCUCCUGACUGCCCUGUGUGUGACGGCCGGUGGCCACCAUCUGUGGAGUCACAGGUCCUACAAGGCCAAGCUGCCUCUCAGGAUAUUUCUGGCUGCUGCCAACUCCAUGCCAUUCCAAAACGACAUCUUGGAGUGGGCCAAGGGCCAUCAAGCCCACCACAAGCACUCAGAGACAUUUGCGGACCCCCAUAACGCCUGUUGAGGCAUCUUCUUCUCCCACGUUGGGUAGCUGCUGGUCUGCAGGCAUCAGGAUGCCAUUGAGAAGGGCAAGAAGCUGAUGCUGGAUCUGCUUGCUCUGCUUGUUGACCCUGUGGUCCAGUUCCAGAGAAAGUGAUACACUGUGCCUUUGAGUAAGGUCCUGAUUUGUUUUCUUUUGCCCAGGUUACAGCCUUGGUACAACUGGGGAUGAAGUCUAUGGAAUUCCUUCUUUGUAACUUCCAUUCUCUGAUACAUUGUUGCCCUCAAUGGCAUCUGGCUGGUCAACAGCGCUGCCCAUGUAGGAAAGCAGACCUAUGACAAGCAAAUCAGCCCUCAGAAGAAACUACAUGCUCUGGGAGCCACUGGUGAAGGCUUCCGCAAUUACCACCACCCUCUCCCUUUUGACUUCUCUACAAGCAAAUUUGGCUUAAAUUUCAACCCAACCAACUGGUUCAUUGACGUCAUGUGCUUCCUGGGACUGGCCACUGACCACAAACGGGUGACCAAGCAGAUGACUAAGGCCUGCAAGGCCAUGACUGGUGAUGGCAGUGGCUGA